AUGCGUGAUGGUCGUUUGUGUCCCAUACCAAUCUUCUUCCUCGCCAUCUUCGAUUGCAAAACAUUGGCGCUGGUCCUCUCAAUUUCGUCGUCGUCUCACAAUCUCGUCUUCGUCCGCUUGCAACAAGAUCAAACAUUCGUUUUUGAAUUCAUCAUGAAUAUAAGCCCUAAUGCACUCAAUAUGCCAGCAAUUCAUGCGAUGAUUUCUAGGAAUUUACUUCUACCUUUCAUUUUCUACCGAUUCUCAUCAAGAAAAGCAGAGAAAGAGAUAAAUAAAAUACGGAAAUUUGGCGUUUCUUACCUACCGAAAGAACUGUUCGGAGCUUAUUCAACAAUCGUUGUAACGACAAGAAAUUCAGAGUGUGUCAAUGUCGAUGUCUUGAAUUGUGAUGCAAAAAUGCGGAUAAGCUUUGCGCUGCGGACUGUCAAAGUUACUGAGGAAAGAUGCAUAUUCUUGAUACGGAACAUUGAUGAUUGA